AUGGGGUUCUCAAAUUAUUCAAGCAGUUCAGGUUCAAGCCGGGGCUCGGGAUGGGGUUGGGGCUCUAGCCGGAACAGCUCAGGAUGGGGUUGGGGUGCGGGCACCAACUAUUCAAGUGGUUCAGGUUCAAUCCCCGGUUCGGGAUGGGGUUGGAGUUGGGGUACGGGCUUCAACCAAUCAAGUGGUUCAGGUUCAAGUCCAGGAUGGGGUUGGGGCUGGGGUCCUAUGAACGGACAAAACUUAGGAUCUGGCAGCUCGGGGUCUGGUUGGGGUCCUAAGAAUACAAACAGCUCGGGAUCUGGCAGCUCCGGUUCUGGCUGGGGCUGGGGAGGUCACUCAGAAGAAGUCUGUAACGCCACCUACAAUGAACCUAGGAAGAUCAUAGUCGGAGGAGAUAAAGAGUGGACUUAUGGUUUCAAUUACUCCGACUGGGCUUCUAAGACUGCUCCCUUCUUUGUCAAUGACAUACUUGUGUUCAAAUACAAUCCACCAGCACCAUUCACGCACACCGUCUACUUGUUUUCUAACCCAUCAAGCUACGAAAAAUGCGAUGUGAAGAAAGGAAAUAUGAUAGCAUCACCGAAGCAAGGUGCUGGGAAUGGUUUUGAACUUGUUCUUACGAAAAUGAAGCCUUACUAUAUUUCAUGUGGCGAGCAUGACGGUGCUCACUGCAGCAAUGGCACCAUGAAGUUCCCCGUCAUGCCUAUCCUCCCCCGUUGGUAA